AUGAAUGAGGAUGAUAAGGGGAAUGAGGAUGACGAGGGGAAUGAGGAUGAUGAGCGGAUUGAUUCAAAUGAGAAUGAGACAAGUGGGUCUAAUGAGUGGAAGGAGGGGAAGGAAUCAAAUGCGUGGAACGAGGGGAAUGCGUCAAAUGAGGCGAAUGAGGAUGAUGAGGGCAAGGUGGAUGAUGAGGUGAAUGGGGAUGAUGAGGGGAAUGAGGAUGAUGAGGGGAAUGAGGAUGAUGAGGCGAAUGCGGAUGAUGAGGGAAGUGAGGAUGAUGAGGCGAAUGGGGAUGAUGAGGUGAAUCGGGAUGACGAGGGGAAUGAGGAUGAUGAGGGGAAUGAGAAUGAUGAGGCGAAUGAGGAUGAUGAGGCGAAUGAGGAUGAUGAGGCGAAUGAGGAUGAUGAGGGGAAUGAGGAUGAUGAGGCGAAUGAGGAUGAUGAGGGGAAUGAGGAUGAUGAGGCGAAUGAGGAUGAUGAGGGGAAUGAGGAUGAUGAGGGGAAUGAGGAUGAUGAGGCGAAUGAGGAUGACGAGGGGAAUGAGGAUGAUGGGGACGAACAGGACGAUGAGGCGAAUGGGGAUAAUGAGGCGAAUGGGGAUGAUGAGGGGAAUGGGGAUGAUGAGGCAAAUGGGGAUGAUGAGGCGAAUGGGGAUGAUGAGGUAAAUGAGGAUGAUGAGGGGAAUGAGGAUGAUGAGGUGAAUGAGGCUGAUGAGGCGAAUGAGGAUGAUGAGGGGAAUGAGGAUGAUGGGGCGAAUGAGGAUGAUGAGGGUAAUGAGGAUGAUGAGGCGAAUGAGGAUGAUGAGGGGAAUGAGGAUGAUGAGGGGAAUGAGGAUGAUGAGGCGAAUGAGGAUGACGAGGGGAAUGAGGAUGAUGGGGACGAACAGGACGAUGAGGCGAAUGGGGAUAAUGAGGCGAAUGGGGAUGAUGAGGCUAAUGGGGAUGAUGAGGCGAAUGGGGAUGAUGAGGCGAAUGGGGAUGAUGAGGUAAAUGAGGAUGAUGAGGGGAAUGAGGAUGAUGAGGUGAAUGAGGCUGAUGAGGCAAAUGAGGAUGAUGAGGGGAAUGAGGAUGAUGAGGGGAAUGAGGAUGAUGAGGCAAAUGAGGAUGACGAGGGGAAUGAGGAUGAUGGGGACGAACAGGACGAUGAGGCGAAUGGGGAUAAUGAGGCGAAUGGGGAUGAUGAGGCUAAUGGAGAUGAUGAGGCGAAUGGGGAUGAUGAGGCGAAUGGGGAUGAUGAGGUAAAUGAGGAUGAUGAGGGGAAUGAGGAUGAUGAGGGGAAUGAGGAUGAUGAGGAUGAUGAGGGGAAUGAGGAUGAUGAGGCGAAUGCGGAUGAUGAGGGAAGUGAGGAUGAUGAGGCGAAUGGGGAUGACGAGGGGAAUGGGGAUGAUGAGGCGAAUGGGGAUGAUGAGGGGAAUGAGGAUGAUGAGGGGAAUGGGGAUGAUGAGGGGAAUGAGGAUGAUGAGAGGAAUGAGGAUGAUGAGGGGAAUGGUGAUGAUGGGGGGAAUGAGGAUGAUGAGGGGAAUGAGGAUGAUGAGGGGAAUGAGGAUGAUGGGGGGAAUGGGGAUGAUGAGGGGAAUGGGGAUGAUGAGGCGAAUGGGGAUGAUGAGGCAAAUCGGGAUGACGAGGGGAAUGAGGAUGAUGAGGGGAAUGAGAAUGAUGAGGCGAAUGAGGAUGAUGAGGCGAAUGAGGAUGAUGACGCGAAUGAGGAUGAUGAGGGGAAUGAGGAUGAUGAGGCGAAUGAGUAUGAUGAGGGGAAUGAGGAUGAUGAGGCGAAUGAGGAUGAUGAGGGGAAUGAGGAUGAUGAGGGGAAUGAGGAUGAUGAGGCGAAUGAGGAUGACAAGGGGAAUGAGGAUGAUGGGGACGAACAGGACGAUGAGGCGAAUGGGGAUAAUGAGGUGAAUGGGGAUGAUGAGGCUAAUGGGGAUGAUGAGGCGAAUGGGGAUGAUGAGGCGAAUGGGGAUGAUGAGGCGAAUGGGGAUGAUGAGGUAAAUGAGGAUGAUGAGGGGAAUGAGGAUGAUGAGGAGUCCGCGUGA